AUGGAUGAUCCGACUACGGAUACGGGGGCUGCUAUCAAGGCGGGUGACGGUAGCGAGGAUCCUUACACGAUCCCAACCACUACGCUCCACCGCACCGCUUCGAGCAGAGCCGCUUGCGCAACUGUCCGUGCUUCAUGUCGUUUUGAUCCAAGUACAUAUCUGGUCGAUCGGCGCAUUGAGGGGCUCCAUCCCGGUCUCAAGAGCGACAUCGAAAGAUUCGUCAGUACUCAGGGUUCUCCAGUCUUCGAGACGCCUCAAUCCUCGUCAUCAGAAGAUUCGCCUUGGCCGUCAAUAAAUCAGCAACUGAAGGUCGAGCAAAUUAACUCAUCCAGUUCUACCACAUAUGCGAUUUCCAUAAAAAAUGGAGAAGUCACAGAUGAGAAAAUUAAGGAAAUUUCUGCAAGUGUAUAA